UGCCAGAUCCCCCAGCCCCUUCGGUGUGUCUCUGUCCCAGUGUUGCCAUUCCGACGCACAUCCCCCGCAGAGGAGCAACAGCUACACGGAGUUGGCCAAAGUGGACUACACGGAUUCUUCUGCGGACAGAGACGACUUCGUACCCGGGUUUCCAGCCUCUGCUCGGGGAGGGCAGCAGCCGAGAGAUGCGCCCCUGGACAGAGGUUCGGUGUCGUUAAAGUCAGAUAAAGAGAAUGAGACUGAGAAAGGGCUCCUGUAGCAUCGCAUUCACAACUCUGGGGGAAUAACGAUACCUGAUUGAAUGCAAAAUAGAGAAGCGCCUUUUUUUCUGUUUUUUAAUGUGUGUUUUUUUGUUAGAAUGGGGCGGUGAGAGCCCUCAUCACAGCUGAAGACAUGAGAAUUGGGAGAGGAACAAAAAGCUCGGCUGCGGUGCUCUGUGUUUGAGUGUCCAUCCAUCCAAAGGGUCCAGUCUACACACCUUUCUUCAUGUUGCAAAAGCCUGUUUUAUGACAAUGGAUUACUUGCUGUGGGUGUGCAGCCUCAUUGUCCCCGUGGUGCUGGCUGUAGAAGAAACCCUUAUGGACAGUCGGUGGGCAACCACAGAGCUGGCAUGGACCACAUUCCCAGAGAGUGGGUGGGAGGAGGUUAGCGGCUACGACGACUCCAUGAGCCCAAUCAGAACCUACCAGGUGUGUAAUGUCCGACAGCCCAACCAGAACAACUGGCUCAGGACGGACUUUAUCCCCCGCAAGGGCGUGCUGCGCGUCUACGUGGAGCUGAAAUUCUCUGUCCGUGACUGUGCCAGCAUCCCCAACAUCCCCGGCUCCUGCAAAGAGACCUUUAAUCUGUUUUACUACGAGUCAGAGGGGGACACAGCUACAGACGCCAGCCCUCUGUGGAGGGAGAACCCCUAUGUGAAGGUGGAUACUAUUGCCCCGGACGAGAGUUUCUCUCUGCUGGAGGCGGGCAGGAUCAACACCAAAGUGCGCAGCUUUGGCCCUCUCUCCAAGGCCGGCUUCUACCUGGCGUUCCAGGAUCUGGGCGCCUGCAUGUCUCUUAUCUCAGUCAGGGUUUUCUUCAAGAAGUGCUCCACCACUAUUGCAAAUUUCGCUGUCUUCCCUGAGACUGCUACAGGGGCAGAAGCCACUUCCUUAGUAAUUGCUCCUGGGGCAUGUGUGACCAAUGCUAUGGAGGUGUCCGUCCCCCUGAAGCUGUACUGUAACGGGGACGGCGAGUGGAUGGUUCCCGUGGGCUCGUGCACCUGCGUCGCAGGCUUUGAACCUUCUGCUGAUGGCAUCCAAUGCCAGGCUUGCUUCCCUGGAACCUUUAAAUCCAAAUUUGGGGAGGGAUCCUGUGUUCCCUGCCCAGCCAACAGUCGCACCAGUGCACGAGGAGCCAAUAUUUGUCUCUGCCAGAAUGGUUUCUACCGCGCUGACAGCGACCCUCCUGACACUGCCUGCACCACGAUCCCCUCUGCGCCUCGCAACGUUAUAUCCAGCGUGAACGAGACCUCGCUGUCCUUGGAGUGGGAAGAACCCGAGGACACGGGCGGGAGAAGCGACCUCGUAUAUAACGUGGUGUGUAAGAAAUGCCUGCGGGACCGGAGCCCCUGUACACGCUGCGACGACAACGUGGACAUCGCUCCUCGCAGGUUGGGGCUGAGGCAGAGGAAGGUGGUGGUGAGGAAUCUGCAGGCUCACACCCGCUACAGCUUUGAGGUGCAGGCUGUCAACGGGGUUUCUGGGAAAAACCCCAUCUCACCCAGCUACUCCACUGUCAACAUCACCACCAACCAAGCCGCACCUUCAGCAGUGCCCACCGUCCAUCUGAUGCGCUCCACCUCAGACACUCUGAGUCUGUCGUGGCUGCCCCCUGAGAAACCCAAUGGGGUCAUCCUCGACUAUGAGAUCAAAUACCAUGAGAGGGGCCAGGCCAUGUCCCACACCGUAACAUCCCAGCACAGUUCAGCCAAGGUGGAGGGGCUAAAGGCAGCCAUGCCCUACGUGGUGCAGGUCAGAGCUCGCACUGUUGCUGGAUACGGACGCUACAGCAACCCCAUGGACUUCAGCACCAGCCUCCACACGGACCCUCAGAAGUCUGUGCAGGACCAGCUGCCUCUCAUCAUUGGCUCGGCCUCCGCAGGUCUGGUGGUCAUUGUUGCCUUGGUGGUUAUUGCUGUUGUCUGCCUUAAGAAGCAGCGCGGCGGCUCAGAGCUGGAGUACACUGAGAAACUGCAGCAAUACAUUUCUCCAGGCGUCAAAGUGUACAUCGACCCUUUCACCUACGAGGAUCCCAAUGACGCUAUCCACGAGUUUGCCAAAGAGAUCGACAUCUCCUGCGUGAAAAUAGAAGAAGUCAUUGGUGCAGGGGAAUUUGGCGAGGUGUGCCGUGGACGUCUCAAGCAACACGGUCGCAGGGAGAUGGUUGUGGCCAUUAAGACACUGAAAGCCGGCUACACUGAGUGCCAGAGGCGGGACUUCCUUGCCGAGGCCUCGAUCAUGGGCCAAUUCGACCACCCCAAUGUGAUCCGGCUGGAGGGCGUCCUAACGCGCAGUUGCCCCGUCCUCAUCAUCACAGAAUUUAUGGAGAACGGGGCGCUCGACUCCUUCCUCAGGCUAAAUGACGGACGCUUUACGAUGACACAGCUGGUCGGGAUGCUGCGUGGCAUCGCUGCAGGGAUGAAGUACCUGUCAGACAUGAACUAUGUUCACCGAGACCUCGCCGCCCGGAAUAUCUUGGUCAACAGCAACUUGGUCUGCAAGGUCUCUGACUUUGGCCUGUCGCGCUUUCUGGACGACACUUCCGCUGACCCCACUUACACAAGUUCGCUGGGAGGGAAGAUUCCCAUCCGGUGGACAGCGCCAGAGGCCAUCGCCUUCAGGAAGUUCACCUCUGCCAGCGAUGUGUGGAGUUACGGCAUCGUCAUGUGGGAGGUGGUGUCCUAUGGAGAGAGACCAUACUGGGACAUGAGCAACCAGGAUGUGAUGACAGCAGUAGAGCAGGACUACCGGCUGCCCCCGCCCAUGGAUUGUCCCAUGGUGCUGCACCAGCUGAUGCUUGAGUGCUGGAUGAAGGAGAGAAACCUGAGGCCCAAGUUCUCCCGCAUUGUCAGCACUCUGGACAAGCUGCUCCGCAACGCCGCCAGCCUCAAGGUGGUGACCAGCACCUACUCAGGGGACCUGCUGCGGCUUGGAGGGACGCUGCCGGGACACAACAGGAAGAGUCCGGACAGCAGUCAAGAAAUCGUUCGGCAACAAAUGAGCCAAACUCUCCCCAUCAGAGUGUGAGCUGCUGCGGCCAGGAGGAUACAGAACGAAGAACAACUACCUAGACACUCUGACGUGUAGAGCCUGAUGUAAAAUACAAAGAAGAAGCUACAUAGAGAGAAAGAGGACCGUUUUGGAGAUUUCUUUCCAAAUGGAGAUGUCCACGAGAACUGUCCAUUGCAGUGUGUGUGUGUGUGUGUGUGUUCAUUACUUGACACUUGUGGAUUUGUGACUAUUGACAUAAAGCCAAACUUCCUGUUGCCCCCUCUCAGGUUGUGUUUGCAUGCCUGCAUGUGUUCUUGCUGGUUAGGAAUCAGUCUUUCCUUCUCUUCUCCCUCAGACUGAGGACCGGGGAGCUUACACAGAUAAUAGGAUUCAGUGAAUAGUUGAUGCAACAGUGCCAAAAUAAAGCAAAGUUUGCUUAAAACUGACUCUUAAGACAGCUUGACAUCUGUAGACCUUCAAUCCAAUCAACCCUUUUUAUUCAAACCCAACCUGUUCUGUUAUUUUGCUCUUUUUUUGUGAAACAAGAAAAAAAAACCUUUUCAUCCGCUUCCUCUUAAAUACUGUCUUCCACAUGUACUGGGAGAUAUACAUGUUACGAAUCUGUACAAAGCAUCCGAGUCUUCACACCGUCUCUCUGUCAAAGGAGAGAUGUAACUGACACUGUGCCGGACACGUCAUGUGCAUGCCAAAGUGGAAACUUCUUCAUGAGAAAAUUACAAAUAAGUUCCACAUUAACUGUUGCUGUGGUGGCAUUUCGCUGUAUGGACUUUAACGUCCAUGUUUUCUUAAUCUUGUUUGAUUCAUAUGCGCAUUGUUUUGAAUGCUAAGUUAUUAUCUAUUAGUGCAAAGAGAUGUUUUUUUUUUGGUGUGAUUUUUACAAGCACUGGGGCUUAACGUUUUUUAUUGCAAUGCUUGUUUUUUCACACAUUAACAAACCAGACAGACUUGAAUGAAUGAAAUGAGAAGUUAAAAUGUUCUGCUCAGACAGAAUAAUUAUAAAUGAAAAGCGCCUGUGGGAGUGCUGUGUUGAAGAUCAGUGAGAAUUAAAUAGGUCAAUAUCCAGAUGAUAGCACUGUGACCUUAUUAUUGACCAAACCUAUAAAUACUAAUGUAGAACAAAUCACUCAUUGGUUAAUUUCUCCUGUGUUUUCUUCAGCACGACAGCUGUUGGUGCAGUUCCUAUCUAAAACAACUGCCUGUAUAUAACUAUAUUUCUAUUAGACCAGUCAGCUCAACAUUUACAUCCAUCUGAGCUCAUUCUGGCCUCUUUAUGACCCUCGUUUAUAUGCUUGUUUGUUUAUUGUUGAGGAGCAAACAAAUGGAGAAAUUGCAGUUUAAAUGGUCAUUACAUAUCUGAAACUAUAUGUCACAAUGAAAGAAGAAAAUGUGUGUCUGUUAGGGCAGACUUUUUCCUGUGCAAUUAAAGGUGUAUUAGAUUGUAAAAAAAAAAAAAUCCUUCAGAAAACUAGAACAAAAAUAAGCAUUUCUCUUUCAGUAUUUUUACGAUAAUCAUAUGCAAAUAAAUUAUUAAACGGA